CCACCCCGAGGGGCGGAAGUGACGUCAGCCCCGCCCGCCGAGGUCACUUCCGGUGGGGGGGUGGAUGAGGAGGAGCCGCCGCCGCCGCCGCUGAGGAGACGGGACGGAGACGGAGCGUCGUCAGUCAGCAGGAGGGAGAAAAUGAAGGCCGGCUGCAGCAUUGCAGACAAGCCUGAAGGAGGGGGAGGCUACCAGUUCCCCGACUGGGCCUACAAGACGGAGUCGAGCCCGGGCUCGCGUCAGAUCCAGCUGUGGCACUUCAUCCUGGAGCUGCUGCAGAAGGAGGAAUUCCGCCACGUCAUCGCCUGGCAGCAGGGCGAGUACGGCGAGUUCGUCAUCAAGGACCCGGACGAGGUGGCCCGCCUCUGGGGCCGCCGCAAGUGCAAGCCCCAGAUGAACUACGACAAGCUCAGCCGGGCCCUCAGAUAUUACUACAACAAGCGGAUCCUGCAUAAGACCAAGGGCAAGAGGUUCACCUACAAGUUCAACUUCAACAAGCUGGUGAUGCCCAACUACCCGUUCAUCAACAUCCGGCCCAAUGGUGUGGUCCCCCAGAGCGCCCCCCCGGUGCCCACCGCCUCGUCCCGCUUCCACUUCCCCCCGCUGGACAGCCACUCCCCCCCGGGCGACGGGCGGCCCGGCCGCUACCCGGUGGUCCCCGACCCCCCGGCCGACGGCGGCGACCGCAAGGCGGAGCUCCCCGAGCUGGAGGACGGGCCGGCCGACUGGCCCCGCCGCCGCCGCGGCGCCGCGGACUUCCUGACGGGACGGGGCGCCGGGGCCCCCGCGCCCGCCGCGCCCCCGAAGCGCAAGCCGGACCUGGUGGUCCCGCUGUUCGCCCGGCCGGGGCUCUACGCCGACGCCGCCAGCCCCUUCGCCGUGUCGCCGCUGCCCGGCCGGGGGGCGGCCGGCGUGCUCAACGUGCCCGUCUCGCCCGCCCUGUCGCUGACGCCCACCCUCUUCUCCUACAGCCCCUCGCCCGGCCUGAGCCCCUUCGCGGCCGGCGGCGGGAGCUGCUUCUCCUUCAACCCCGAGGAGAUGAAACAUUACUUGCACGCCCAGGCCUGCUCGGUGUUCAACUACCACCUGAGCCCGCGGACCUUCCCCCGCUACCCGGGCCUGGGCCUGCCGGGCCCGCCCUCGCUGCCCCCGCCGCCCCCGCCCCCGGCCCCGGCCCCGCCCUGCCGCGGGGCCCCCGACGAGCCGGCCCCCUUCCCCAUCAAGCUGCAGCCCCCGCCCGCCGGGCGCAGGCACCGCGACAGGGCCGAGGAGCCCGCGGCGGGGGCCGCCCCCGCGCCCCCCAGGAUCAAGGCCGAGCCCGACGGGGAGCCCGCCGCCCCGGUCCCGGAGCCCCCCGAGGCGGGCGAGCCGGAAGCCCCCGAGAAGAAGGAGGACGCCUCCAUGCCGCCCAAGCUGCGGCUGAAACGGCGCUGGAACGGCGAGCGCGAGGUCCCCUGGAACCCCGCCGGCCCCCCGGUCCUCCUGGCCGGCCCCCAGGGGGCCGCGGACGCCUAGGACCCCCCCCCCCCCCCCCCCCGGCCCGUGGAUUGUCGCGGCGGGGGGGCGGGGACCGCGCCCCGCUCCGUCUACGUAGAACAGACCUCUUGUCUUGGG